GGGUGUUUGUGUUGAAUACAGCAUUAUUUGGCAACAUUUGAAACAUUCAUCUAAUUGUCAUUAAUUGUGGUAAAAGUGCAUUAAAUUGAGUGAUAAUGUCAUCGAAGAGAGACGUCGACAAUCAGAUCACCAAAAUUAUGGGCACUUAUCUCCUGAAGGGAUACCGACUUCUGGACAGCCAUUGCCCGACGUGUCAAACACCGUUAAUGAAGACGAAGACAUCGGAUGUGUAUUGUAUUUAUUGUAAUGAAGUGAACAAAUCAAUGGACAGUCAAAACACGAAUUCAUCGAUUGAAUCAAACGUUGCAAUGAUUGAAGACAUUAAGGAUAAUGAGUCUAAGACUUCACGGAUGAGUCCCAAUGAGAUAACUAUCGAUUCGGUUAAAGUAAAUACAGAUAAUAGUGAAGACAUUCAGAGAACUAUUUCAAUUGUGGGUCAGAAGAUGGGUUGGGCCGCAAAUCGGCUCAAUGUUUGCGAUCAGAUCAGUGAAUGCUUUCAAAUACUUAAUUUCCUCAAUAUGAGCGCUGAUUUGCUUUUAUCUCUAAAUAAGUUAAACCGAAAUACAGACCAAUAAAUCAUAAAUUUGUAUCAAUUA